CAAUGUAAGUUGUUCUCUCUCUCUCACAUUCUCUUUCUCUCUCUCUCUCCCUCUAAACCUGGUUUCUUUCUGAUUUUGAAAAAUAAUCCUUGCAGGGUUACAAGCAGAGGAAGGAAGUAACAUGAGGAAGCGUCAAGUGGUGGUGAGAAGAGAGGAUCCUCAAAGAAACGUGAGGAGUGUGAAAUAUGGAGAAUGCCAAAAGAACCACGCAGCUAAUGUCGGAGGCUAUGCUGUGGACGGUUGCAGGGAGUUCAUGGCGAGCGGCGAGGAAGGGACAAGUGAUUCUCUCGCUUGCGCCGCGUGUGGCUGCCACAGAAACUUCCACAAAAAAGAGGUGCAGACUGAAGGAUCAGUGAGUGAGUCUUCAUCAUAAUUAUAAUCAUGGUGUUGUUGCUUUCUGUAAUAUAUUCUGUGGACUUGGCUUUUGCUUCUCAAGAGAGAGUUUGGAAUAUUUUAGCAUUUCUAGAAACUAUAUUGUAAAACUUAUGGCUUUCAAUGUUUGCCGGUUUCUGAGUGGUUUGUUGGUUUUCGGAGAAUUUCACCCCACCAACAGGUCUCGGUUUGAAACCAGCAGAACACCGAGAUGAUGCAUGUGUGUAAUUAAAGGGGGGUAAAAAGGCAGGGGUAAAUCAGGACUUGAUUUUGUGA